AUGAAUAAAUAUUUAGCAUAUUAAUUUGUUGGAAAAAGCGAUGGCCUUCAUAAGCUACCAGAUCAUAUACAAAAAAUAAAGAAAUCUCUUGGAUUCGAAGAAAAAGAGAGAAAAGUUAUUGAAGAAUUAAUACCUUAAUUGAAAUAAAGAAUUAGAGCACAAUCUAUUCCAGAGAAACCGAUUCCCAAACAAUUACAAAUUAAUAAUCUGGCUAAGAAGUUGGCCUAUUUAAGGUAAGAGUAUGAUAAAAUAAAUGUUGAAUUGAAUAAACAUUAAUCUUUCAGAACAUAAAUAAAAAAUCCAAAAACAAGUUUUGAAUAACAUUUUUUUUAAAUUGAACAAUAGAUUCACAUUUGGGAAGAAUAAAAAUCUAAACUCUCUGAGUAAAUUAAACAAAUUAAAAAAGAACUCUUCUUCUUAGAGAAUCAAUCAGAUACUUAUACUUCAAAAAAAAUAGCUACUAACUAAUCUGUGUUAUUGAGUGAAUUAGUCACAAUCGAGAAAAAGAUUCCUACUCCUUCUAAGCUCCCUAAAAUAUUAAAUUAGGAAAGUCCAAUGUACACUUAACCUAAAGCAUUUCAUUCAGAUGUUAAAAUGUUAAAUAAUACAAAUGAUUCAAAUUUGAUUGAUUUGCUAGAAAGUGACGAAGAUUAAGAUUUACGACCUAGAACAAGAGUAAUAAAAAUGAAAUAAAAAUAAUUGCCAACUUUAGAAUAAAUAAUUAGUUAAUUGGAUCAAUUUGUUAUAAAGAAUGAUAAAUUACAGCCUCAUAAAGAAGCAUUAAAAUAAUUUAGAUUAGCAUAGUAUGAAAAAUAUUUAUAUAAAUAACCUCACAUCUAAAUGAAUAUUAAUUAUGGAUAAAAACUAUCCUUAACACAUAAGAGAAUUAAGAACAUAAAGUAUGGAUUUGCUGCUGUUUUUUUUUGUUUUUGUUUAAUUAAGUAAACGAAGAUAUCUCAAUAGAGAUAUCAGUUAAUUAGUUAUUCAUAUCAUUAAAAUAAUUAUUAAAAAGUUAAUUAAGAACUGAUAUUUUUUGUUAACAAUGUAAUAGCUAAAUAGAUUUUGUUCAAAUUUAGUAGAUUGUAAUAACUUUAAAAAGCUGAAAAAAAACAGCACAAAAUGAUGAUCCCAUUGAUAGCAGAGGAAAUUGUCAGAGAAAUUCUGUAGAAAAUGACAAAUUAGAAGUUUUCAAAUUAAUUUUAUAUUUUCUUAAAUUCUAUUUCGGAAGAAGGCUUUUAUCCACUAUAAAAUUAUCAUAGUGACAUUAUAAAAGCAAGAUUUUAGAUAUCAAAAUACUUUUCAUACUUAUUGAGAGAAUGUAAAAAGAUUGUCUUUAUUGAAUUGGUUCUCAUUAAAAAUAUUAUCUUUUAUGGGUUAUUUAUUAAAGCCAAAGAAUUAUUUGGCUAAUUAAAAAUAGAUGCAGAUAAUGAAUUAAUUAAUUCUGUCACAUUAAUUUUUCUUGAACUAUUUUUAAGAACCUUAUAAUCAGGAGUUAUAAAUGUAAAUCUAAAACAUUUUAGUUAUGCAUCAGCAGAUGGUCCAUAUGUUUAAAAGUAUUUGAAGGAACUAGAUCUAAUAAAAAUGAAAAUUCUAACUACUUUAUAAAUUGAUGAUAUGUUGAAACCAUUUAUUUAAAUGAUUGAAAAAUAAUUUUUAAAUUACUAAUAAUGA